AUGAAGCAUGGAGUGGAGAGUGUUGUUCAUCAAUUGGGGAGUAUGGGUAUCGAGGAGGUUGAGAUUAAUGGGGAUAGGGGAGGUAGCAGGAACUUAAUAGAUGACAAGAGGGAGGAUGAGGGUGAAAAGAGUGAUACAGGGAGAACUUGGAAGAGAAUUAAGCGCCAGGUGCGCAUGGACAAUUACUUAGGUGGAGAGAGUAGUGGUGCUAAGAGAGUCUGGGAUGAUAGAAAUUUUACAUUAGAUGAUAAUAUGGAGAUUGAAAAUAUAGAGGAGCUUAUGAAUGAGGAACAAUCUAUGGAGGUGAUGGCAAAAAUGAGAGCACUUGAUUUUCGAAUGGAUGAGUUAGAAGAACGAGAGGAAUUGUUUUGGAGACGACGUAAUAGGAAAAUAUGGCUCUCAAGCGGGGAUAAAAAUACCAGCUUUUUUCAUGUAAAGGCUAAGCAACGCCAAACAAGAAACAAUAUAACAUCAAUACGGGAUGAAGCUAGUAAUCUCUAUGAGGAGGAAGAACAUAUAACGGAGCUGGCCGCAGGUUACACAGGGGAGGAAGUGAUACAAGCGGUAUUCCAAAUGCACCCAUUGAAGGCCCCAGGCCCAGAUGGGAUGUCAACUAUGUUUUAUCAACAAUGUUGGGAAGUCAUUGGAAGCGAUGUAGUAAGCACUGUGCUCAAUGUAUUGAAUAACAAAGCUGAAAUAAGUGAUAUAAACCAUACUCAUAUUGUUUUGAUCCCGAACAAAAAGAGUGGUUUUGUUUCUGGGCGUCUGAUUACUGAUAAUGCUUUGAUUGCUUAUGAGUGUUUCCACUAUAUAAGGAAAAAGAAAAAAGGUGUGAAAGGGAAUUUAGCUCUCAAACUGGAUAUGAGUAAGGCCUCUGAUAGGGUGGAGUGGCCUUUUUUGUGGAAUAUGAUGGUGAAAAUGGGUUUUCCGGAGCAAUUUAUGAUAGUUUGUUGUUUGUACGUUGGAGCUACAACAGAGGAAGUUGAGAAGGUUCUUGGAAUUCUCUCCAUCUAUGAAGCUGCUUCUAGGCAAAAGUUCAAUAUGGAGAAAUCUAAGGUCUCUUUUAGCCGAAACAUUGAGCCAGAGAAGAAAGAAAUGCUUCAUUUGAAGUUGAACUUUAAGGCAGUAGAUGACCAUAAACGUUAUCUAGGACACCUACUUAUAUUGGUAGUUCGAAAAAGGUAG